GCUGCUGGUUUAUUAGCAAUUCCACUUCAUAAUGCAAUUUGUCGAUAAUUUUCAUGACAAUAUUCGUUUUUUUAUGUUUAGCUUUCUGUGUGAAAAUUAAUUGUUUACAACUAUUUUUGAUAAAAACCAGUGCAAUUCUUCUUUUUUUUUCAUUUUGGUAAUUUUUUUAGAUGGCUGAAAAUGAUUUUCAAAAUAAAACAGUAUGUGUUACAGGUGCCGGAAGAGGUAUUGGUAAAUCAUUGGCUUUACGAUUGGCUGAACUUGGAGCUAAAGUUAUUGCAGUUAGUAAAUCUGAUGAGAAUUUAAAACAACUUGCUGCACAAAAUAAUAAGAUCAUUCCAGUAUGUGUUGAUUUAUGUGAUUGGAACGCAACUAAAGAAGCUAUUAAACCACAUCUUCCAAUUCAAUUAUUAGUUAAUAAUGCUGCUGUUGCUAUUCUUGAUUCAUUUUUAGAAGUUAAGCCUGAUGAUUUUGAUUCAUUAUUUAAUAUCAAUGUCAAAUCCAUUAUAUGUGUUAGUCAGGAAAUAGCAUGUGAUUUAAUUGAACGUAAAAUGUCUGGUUCAAUUGUUAAUGUAUCGAGUCAAGCAGCAUCAGCAGCACUUAAAGAUCAUAGUAUUUAUUGUGCAUCAAAAGCAGCCGUUGAUGGCUUAACACGUGUAAUGGCAAUGGAAUUAGGUGCUCAUCAAAUUCGAGUCAAUAGUGUACAACCAACAGUUGUUUUAACAGAUAUGGGUCGUAUAGGUUGGUCUGAUGAUAAGAAAGCUGCUGGAAUGUUAUCAAAGAUUCCAUUAAAUAAAUUUGCUGAAGUGGAAGAUGUUGUUGAGCCAAUUAUCUUUUUACUCUCAAAUAAAUCUCAAAUGAUUAAUGGCGUUAGUUUACCUAUCGAUGGUGGAUUUUUAGCUACAUAA